AUGGAUCAUAUUGAAGCGCAUCUCCAUCACACUCACGUGGAGCCCAUCAGCUUUGGGAUCGACCACAUCCUCAACAAUGUGGAUCAGAGCUGCAUGCUCGGCGGUAGGAUGCCCGAGUCGGACUAUGGACUCGGCUGCGUUGUCAGCACUGCCUACAACACCAUGACCGGUAACUUCACCGGCAACAACUCUGGAUAUAACAGCAACGCAUAUGGGGUAGCCAAUCUGAGCGGCACCUAUAACAUGAACAUGGGGAUGAACGUCAGUGGGAAUAACGUUAACGCGGCUGGAGUCAUCCGUGUGCCUGCGCACCGGCCUCUGAACAGUGGACACUCGUCCAUCCCCGGUGGUAUGUCCACCAUGCCAGGCUCGAUUAACAACCUGACGGAAUUUACCUUCCCCUGGAUGGAGAGCAACAGAAGAUACACCAAAGACAGGUUCACAGGUAGACCACCGCUAAUGCACAUAAAAUGUGGUUGGUUGUCUGGGAAUUAAAUAGCAAUAUGCAUGGCGUUGCCAUGUUUAUCAUGAGACAAUCCCUGUCAUGCUAUUUGUUUCUGAUGUUUGUCCUUGAAUGCACGUAGCCUAGUUAUUAUGAAGUUGGCAUUCUAGUUUGCUAACAGUUUUUAUAGACAAUUUUAGUUAUACAGAGACCCUAAUAAGAGCCCUGUCUGAUAUAAGCUAAACAUUGUCUAUCAAAGCCUAUGUGUCUACAAAAGUAUAGGUAAUACCACCAUCUGUUCUAGCGUCCAUGUUUAAAUGAAAAUAUCCUCAAACCAACAUUUUAAAAGUUAACUUCAAGCCUACACUCUUAGAAAAAAAGGUUCUGGAUCCAAAAGGGGUUCUAUGCUUCAUAUAUGGAACCGCUUAAAGUUCUAUAUAGAACCGAAAUUGUUUCCAUAUAGAACCCUAUAUGGAACCCAAGGGUUAUAUAAGGAACCAAUUAUCAAAUCAAAGUUUAUUGGUUGUGUACACAGAUUUGCAUAUGUCAUCGAAGGUGUAGCCAAAUGCUUGUGUUUCUAGCUCCAACAGUGCAGUAAUACCUAGCAAUAAUAAUGCAAAAACAAUACACAGAUUUUGGUUUUGAAGAAGAACUCCUGGGUUUUUGAUCAAAUAACCCUACAAAAGGUUCUAUAUAGAACAUUUAGGGGUGCCAUAUAUGAAGCAAGCAAUAAAACCAUUUUUGGUUCUAUACAGAACCUUUUUUUCUAAGAGAGUGGGAUGGUUUUAAUUAUUAGUUUUUUUACUAAAGUUUUUUCCUCCCACUUAUAUCAUUCAGGCCUGCACGUAUCAGAGUAGACUGUUAACAAUAGGAUGUUUGGUCUAGGAAUUUGACAUUUCAUAUUGAAUUCGCACUUCUUUGUGUCAAGUUCCGGCAUUUGAACCCUUUAAUUUUCCCUGCGAGCUAUAGAUCUCCCCUCUCAGUCUGACGUUGCUUGAACUUGCUUCGCUGCUAUGUUGCUGCUCUCUUUCUGAUUUUGCUGCUUGCUUUUGCCCCUAUCUAUCCGUCUCCCAAUCCAGUGGCGCUUUCACCCCUCACUGUAACACGCCGUGUAGGUCACCCGUACCAGAACCGAACGCCCCCUAAGAAGAAAAAGCCCCGGACGUCUUUUACCCGCCUGCAGAUCUGCGAGUUGGAGAAACGCUUUCACCGACAGAAGUACCUGGCUUCCGCAGAGCGCGCGGCUUUGGCUAAGGCCCUCAAGAUGACUGACGCGCAAGUCAAAACAUGGUUCCAGAACAGAAGAACAAAAUGGAGGUGAGAUUACUGAUGAUUAUCUGUAUAGCCUACAUUUAACGUAGCCUAUAAGGUGUACUCUCCAGCGCGGAAUGUCAUAGUUUGUUUGUGUGUGUGUGUGUGUGUGUGUGUGUGUGUGUGUGUGUGUGUGUGUGCGCGCUUGCGCGCGCGUGUGUGUGUGUUUUAGCUCUGUUGGUGAUUUUAUGUAUAGCAUGGGCUAUUUAUUUACACUCCAAGAAGGCUACAAACCCAACAAAAAUAGCAAUAGGCCAACACAUUUGGGUGAUAUUUUACAAAUAUUAACUCUAAUAUAAUAACGCAUAGAAAAUGAUGUCUUUAUGUAUUAUAUGCCAUGAAUUAAUUGUGUGCAUUUGAUAAAAAUAUGUACAUAAAUCCAAUGGCCCCACUUCUACGUCUACCCCAGGUCGUAAAUAGUAUUUUAUUAUUGACGUUUUCGGUUCUAAACCUUUGCAUUCAGUUAAUUAAUAUUGUCUUGCAACAGUCAAGGAAAAUACAAAGUGAGUCUUAUAAUGAGUUACAUUCUGUGGCAACUUACUAUAUCCUAUCCCACAAAAGUAGGAUAAUGAUUUCCCUUAGCAUAUGACUACUCUUGUAAAAGUGAAAAGUUUUUUUCAUCUUAUGAAAUAAUGUUAUUUCAGACAAAAAUAAUGUGUUCUAAGGUCUUUAUUAAAUAUAUUUUCAGGUGAAACAUAUCGUGGGUAAUAGUGGAAGGCCUAUUUGUCCACGUCUUUUACGCAUUAAUAUAGAAGUUAUUUUCAGUAGCCUAUCUACUGAAGCAGUUAAAUACAUCUCUGGAGAUUGGAUUUUAGAAAAUUAAAAAAUAACAAAACAAUCAACGAUUAAAUAUGAUGUUAUAUAGCCUAGCCCUAAGAAUAAGUAUGAAGUCAAUGGGAGAACAUAACAGCAAAAUCUAAAGAAAGAUUUAGGCCAUCAGACGAAGACAAAUUAAUUGCCAAAACUUUAUUUAUUGCCACAUAAGCUAUUGUUGGCUGAGAAAAAUGUCGAACUUUGUGGGAAAUUUGCAUUUGGAUAUCAGCUUUUAGCCAACAGGUUAAUAAUGCUUAAGCAAGCAAUUUAGCCUACAGGCUAAUUUUGUCAAACAAUGUGUUAAAAUCUAGGCUAAUCAUGCUUGAUUAAACGUGUUUAAAUUAAUCCAGAAGACAUUCACUUUGUGUCAAAAUGUGAUGUAGGCCUCUAGGCCUGUACGUAUAUGACGCAGCCUGUUUGGAUAUAAUUUCCCUCUGACGCCUCAGUGUCUCUCUUGUGUCUCCGGUGUUCUAGACGCCAGACAGCGGAGGAGAGAGAAACAGAGCGACAGCAGGCCAAUCGGAUCCUCAUGCAACUCCAACAGGAGGCUUUUCAGAAAACGAUAAACCAACCGGCAAACCCGGACCCGCUCUGCCUACAUAACAGCUCCUUGUUUGCGCUUCAGAACCUCCAGCCGUGGACUGAAAACACCGCCAAAAUCAGCAGCGUGUCCGCCUGCGAAUAA